ACAAAGUCAGAGUUGUCGCCGGUUUUCUGAUUUAGCCAUCGCCAUUCCCAUUUUAGCCUGUGAAAAUACACUAGAAUAUGGAGUUCUUGGACGAGGACGCGAGACCCAGAUUUCUCUUCCAGUCACGCCCUCAACCCUCCUCUUCAUCCCAAGAAAAAACCCCACAAAAACCUGCCAAAACCUUACUUUUCAUUUCCCUUUCAAUAUCUUCCCUUUUUCUUUCUCUUUCCCUCUUCUCACUCCAGAAUGAGCCCUUCAAAUCCCUCCUCUUUUGGCUCUCUUCGUCCUUCCUUCUCGGCCCUUUUGCUCCUCCUUUGCUCACCGGCGGUGAUAUUCGUGUUGGUCAUGGACCAAUCAUCCCUGAUCCCGUCGAUCAAGAACCCCCACCUGAGCCUGAGUCCAAGAAAAAAUCUUCCCAGAGGCGGUCAAAGCCUGAUAAAAUAGACGAAUUGAGUGGAAAUCGUGGUUCUUUAGUGGAAAAUGCAAAUGGGUUUUCGAAUUUAGAGGUGAAAAGUAAAAAUUCAAAUGGGUUAUCGAGUUUAGCGGUGAAAAAAGAAGAUAUUGGGCGUGGUUUUGAUGGGGAGGAAAAGGAGUGGAGUGGGGCAGAUCUGGAGAUUUUGAAGAAACAAAUGGUGAAGAAUCCAGUUGGGAAGCCGGGUAGAUGGGAGGCUAUAGCUGCAGCCUUCAAGGGGAAACAUAAAAUGGAGAGUGUGAUAAAGAAAGCAAAAGAACUUGGAGAGAAGAAAGUGGAUGAUGCUGAUUCAUAUGCGAAGUUUUUGAAGAAUAGGAAGCCAAUGGAUAUGAGAAUUAGUGGUGGAAACGAAGGUGUGAUAAUGGAAAAUCAAGGAAAUGGCAAUGUUGACAAUAAUGCUGAAGUAAUAGGCUGGAGUUCAGGGGAAGACAUUGCUUUGCUUAAUGCUUUGAAAGCGUUUCCGAAGGAUGUGCCAAUGAGAUGGGAGAAGAUUGCUGCUGCUGUCUCUGGGAAAUCAAAGGCAGCUUGUAUGAAGAGAGUUGCUGAGCUGAAAAGAGAUUUUAGGAGCUCAAAAGCUAGCAAUGAAGGGAAUUAAAGGUUCUUGUCUUUUAGGAAAUUUUGAUUUGAAGGUAGAGGUAACUGAUGUUCUCCAAUUGAAUUCCUGUUUUGAGAGGAUCCAUUUUCCUGCAUGUAUUUGAUAUGAAUUUGAGUUCAUUGAUAGAUUUGUUUGUUAUUAGAGGCUUAACCUUUCACAAUGGCGAAAUUUAAUUGAGACAUGGCAAUGAGAUUACUCUCUUUUAGUUUUAUUGACAUUGUUUUAUAUUAAUAAAAAUUAUAUGCUAUUCAAGUUCAUCAAUGGUUUUAUUGGUUGUUACUUGUUAGAGAUUUGGCUACUGAUAAUUUAAUUUUAUAAUUCUGGGUAAACUCUUUAAUCUAUUGAUUGUGUUGUGAUUUGCAGUUAAUAAGCUUGAGUCGAAUGUUUGUAGUUAUAAUUCAACGUAGAAUUUUGCUUAUAUUAUUUUGUCUAU